GAGUUAAAGCUAAAAAGGGCUGCAAGAAGGUUUGGUCGAGCUUCUUGGAAAUGUGUGAGCGUAAUCUUCUCAGUUCUGGCUAUGUUGGCUCUCUUUUGAAUUACUCUUCCCCGGACUCUUUUUAUUUUCCAAAUUUACGGGGAAAUGGAGCUCAGUUAACAGGGCUCCCCCCGAUUUCUUACACCCGGAGAGAGGUGUGCUCGCUCCCAUGGACUCCCCCAAGUUCGUGCUCAUCUCCGCCACAGAGCCGCGCAUUCAAUGGCUACUCUCAACCUUGUCUGACCAAUUCUGCACCACUAAAUACUAACCCUAACAACCACAACAAAGGACCAUUGGAAGAAACCAGUAAAUACUACUUCCAGAACGCAAACCUCAAACCAGAGGAACUGUGUAGACGAUCUCCAUCUUUCUCAAGCCAGCACGGACUUAAUUCUGCCAACGCCAGCUCCGCCAAAUAUGAUUUUUCUAAUUUUGAAAGGCUGCCUCAGGGCUCAACUGCCCACAGUGAACUGCACACCAGUAACCAUGCAAUAAGAGAGGGCAUCAAGCAAUCUGUCGACUCAAACCAGCCAUGCACCCGAGCCUCCUUAUCUGAUGGGUCGCCUUGGUGUCGCACUCAAUUAAGAUCAAGAAAGAAACGAAAACCGUACACCAAACUGCAGCUCGCUGAGCUUGAGAAUGAAUUUCUUAUGAACGAAUUCAUUAACAGACAGAAAAGGAAAGAAUUAUCCGAUAGGCUGGAUUUGAGCGACCAGCAAGUUAAAAUUUGGUUCCAGAACCGAAGAAUGAAAAAGAAAAGAGUAACAAUGCGCGAGCACGCAUUCUCUGUGUACUAAGUUAUCUGGACACUGCAAAAAUAAAAUUGCUUUGUAGAAAAGAGGACACCUUAAAGCCGUCAUAAUCCAUACGGAUUCAACGUUGACAAUGGACAUUGCUUCACGGUUUCAUACUCGUGUUAAAAUGUCAAUUAUGUAAACUAAGAAAAUACAAUAGACCUCACAGGUGCUGCUAUGCCGCAAUCAUUGUAUUGUUAUAUGUGUCAAUAUUUUUGUGCUAAGUAGAAACAAAUAAGUAUUCGUGACAGUGCAAGUAAUGUGUUGUUAAAUGUAAUCAGCAUGCGAAUAUUAUCUUUAUUAGAAAAAAAAAAUCUUCCGUUAUCAAUAAAGGGAUAGCUAUGUUUAAAGGUUUAA